UAUUUUAUAAAAAACUUUUUUAAACGAUAUUAUAAAUGCGGCGAGUAUUAGUCGCAGACCUAUAAUAACAGUAUCUAUUUAAAUGAUUUGGUGCCCGGUUUCUUGCCGGUCUGCUUUUGAAUUCUAUUCAGUACCUAAUUAACUCAUGUAUAGGUAGGUUAUAUUCCUAUGUUACAAAUUUCAGGAUUAUUCAGGAAAUUGAAGAUGACGGAAACAGCUCCAUUUAACACUAGCACAGCAUUUUGUGCUAAAUGUGGCUCCAUACUUCCUCUGUUGCAAGAUUUUGGCUCGGUCCAGUGUUAUGCAUGCAAAGCUAUUUAUGACCCCAAUAGCUUUGCCAACAUAAAAUUCAACUACACAAUACACUUCAACACCAUAUCAGCUAUCAACACUGAUAACAUACUUAACAUGGACAAUCCUGAAGGUCCGGUGGUCGAGAGGAAGUGCCCAAAGUGUGGCAACGAUAGAAUGUCCUAUGCAACAUUGCAGUUAAGGUCGGCUGAUGAAGGGCAGACUGUAUUCUAUACUUGUGUUUCUUGCAAGUACAAGGAAACAGAAAAUUCAUGAAAGGCGCCAUUUAGUGACGAUUUUUGUAUGUAUAAGUAGGUAUAUUGUAAAAAUAAAAUUAGAAUAAAGCUAUUUUUAUA